AUGAGUCGUGCAUUCGCGCCCCCUGACUUAGCCGCCAAGACCCUCGACGGGCUUGAUUUGCCCGACGCCGCAAGUGUGUGCUGGCCACCCGUGCGAAGGGACAUCAGCAGCCUAGGCCCGGCCCAGGACUCACUCCCUGACUCUGCCCUCCUCUGCCCCUCUUCAUUUCACCCUCCCAAAGAACCAACCGAAUUUCCUCUUCCCUCUGUCCCUCUCGAUUUUCCAGUCCCGCUGUCCCUUCCCCAUUUCCCCUUCCCUCUGUCCCUCCCCAUUUCCCCAUCCCCCUGUCACUCCAUAUUUCCCCUUUCCCCAGUCCCUCAGCAUUUCCCCUUAUCCCCUCCCCCCUGUCCCUACCCAUUUCCCCUUUUCUCUGACCUCCCCAUUUCCCCUUCCUGUACAAACUCAAUUUCCCUUGCCCCUGUCACUCCCCAUUUCCCCUUCCCUCUGUCCCUUCCCCAUUUCCCCUUCCCUCUGUCCCUUUCCCAUUUCCCCUUCCCCCAGUCCCUCAGCAUUUCCCCUUGUCCUGUCACUCCCCUUAUCCCCUUCCCCUUUGUGCUUCCCCAUCUCCUCUUCUUUUUCACACCACAAUUUCUCCUUCCCUUUUGUCUCUCCCAUUCCCUCUGCCAUCUGUCCCUCCCAUUUCCCACCUCCCCUGUCCCUCCCAUUGCCACUUUCCUCUGUCCCUCCCAAUUCCCCUUCCCUCUGCCCCUCCCCAUAUCCCUUCUCUCUGUCGCUCCCCAUUCCCCGUUCCCAACACUGCAUGUUACCCCUUCCCUCUGUCUCUCCCCAUUUCCCCUUCCCUCUGUCCCUCCCCAUUUCCCAUUCCCAACACUCCAUCCACCCUUUCCCUCUGUCCCUCCCCUUUCCCCUCCCCUCCGUCCCUCCACAUUACCCCUUCCCUCUGUCACUCCCUGA